GGCCAGAUAAUUUUUCCUGUGAGCACAGCGCGGACUGCCAAGUUCGGAGCCGUCGCGAAGGAUGCAGGAUGUAAACAGCACGUAUCUUUGUGGGCUACCUAGGCACGAGGCGCAUUUCCAUCCGUAGUCGCAGGAAGGGAGAGAGCAGCCGGCGCUGCCGGGGCCGAGCACCUCGUCCAGGCGGCACCAGUUGCGUCUGGUUGACGCUGUUGGUUUGAGCCCCAGCGGAGCUUUAAAACCUUGCGGUUAGUACUUCAAAGCGUGAGAGAUAACGAAAGCCUAAGCACCGCUUGCGAGGAAGGAGGAUUUUGGUUGCGUACCUCGGUUUUCCCUCCUGUAAUAGCUUUCGGUGCCACGAAGCCCGUAGAUGAUUGGCGCAUUUGUUCUCGGUGUUGGAAUUUAUGCAGAAGUUGAAAGGCAGAAGUACAAGACCCUGGAAAGUGCCUUUCUAGCUCCAGCUAUUAUUUUAAUCCUUUUGGGUAUUAUAAUGUUCCUUGUAUCUUUUGUGGGCGUACUGGCUUCUUUAAGAGACAAUUUAUGCCUUCUUCAAGCAUUUAUGUACAUCCUUGGUAUUUGUUUGCUGAUUGAACUGACUGGUGGAGUUGUGGCACUGAUCUUCAGAAAUCAGACAAUCGACUUUCUGAACGAUAACAUAAGAAGAGGAAUUGAGAAUUACUACGAUGAUUUAGACUUCAAGAACAUAAUGGACUUUGUUCAAAAGAAGUUCAAGUGCUGCGGCGGGGAAGACUUUAAAGACUGGUCGCAGAACGCGUACCACGACUGUGCCGCGCCGGGACCGCUAGCCUGCGGAGUGCCCUACAGUUGCUGCGUCAGAAAUAAGACGGACAUCAUCAACACUAUGUGUGGAUACAAAACUCUUGACCAAGAGCGUCUGAGUGUUUAGCAGGUCAUAUAUGUCCGAGGAUGCAAAAAUGCAGUGCUUAUUUGGUUUUUAGACAACUACAGCAUCAUGGCUGGUGUCCUGCUUGGCAUAUUGUUACCACAGUUCCUUGGAGUGCUGCUGUCUUUGCUCUACAUAACUCGGGUAGAAGACAUCAUCGCUGAGCACAAGCUUGGUGAAAGACUGUUUGAAGGAGCGUGGCAGAGGUCCGAGCCGGAGUUUGCUGGAGCGGGCUGCUGUAUGUGUUAUCCCGGCUGACUUCGGAGACCUUAAGAAGCGAGUCGACCUGUCCUGGUUGGUACCUGCUUCUGCAGCUCUGGCAGGCUACGGGUGUAAUUAAUCUGCGCUAACCCUUUCAAGAACAGGACACCAAAAGCAGCGUCUGGACUCUCUCUCCCUUGGGAUCUUUUUAACGCCCU